AAAUGUACCUUUAUGUAGAUGACUUUACCAUGACUGCGGCUUGUGGUAUCCUAAAAUGGGUUUUGAGAACCAAUGGGAAGUCUUUGCAAGAUGAAGUUAUUCCCAGCCGGAAAGAAAAGGAAGAAAAAACGGCUAUUUGCAUGUCAGAUGCUAAAAUAAACAAUCAUGGCCCUGCAAGAAUUGUUCCAGAAGAUAUUAUAGUAACAGCCCUUGUGGCUUGCCAGUUUCAUCUGUACGACUUGACACAUGAGGAUGAAGACGACAUAAUAUGUGCCGGGAUAGUUGAUAGAAAACAUUUCAUAAGUGACUACUAUCAGGUUAUGCAUCAUGGUGCGCACAUACAGAAUUCAGACAAGUAUGUUGAUUACUGCCACCAAUUGUUAUGUAAGCUGAGAAGAGUGAACCCACAGCUAGAUAUAGAUGGAGAAAAAAACAUCUGGAUUUCAAAACCAAGAAAUUUAUCUAGAGGAAGAGGGAUACGUUGCAGAAAUGAUCUGAAAGACAUAUGUUCCUUGGGAAGGGAAUGGGUGGUUGAAAAGUACAUAGAGAGGCCACUUCUUGUAUAUGGAACCAAAUUUGAUCUCCGUCAGCAUUUCCUCAUAACGGACUGGUACCCCUUAACUAUCUGGUUCUAUAAGCACAGUUUCCUCCGAUUCUCAUCUCAGCCCUUCACGCUGGAGAGUUUAGAUACCGCCACCCAUGUAUGUAAUUACGCCAUACAGAAAAAAUUAAAGAAUGCACCAAAUCGUCACCCCAACCUGCCUGAAGAAAACAUGUGGCACAGUGACGAAUUCAAAGAGUAUCUUUGUACAAUCGGAAAAGAGCAAGUCUGGGAUUCAAUCAUUAUACCAGGGAUGAAGAAAGCCCUCAUUCAUACAAUGAAGGCCACUCGGGAAAAUGUGAAGUACAGGAAAAACAGUUUUGACCUUUUUGGUUCAGAUUUUCUGUUUGGAGAAAACUUCCAGCCCUGGCUACUUGAGAUACAAUACAAACCUGGCAUAACCAAAGACACGUCAGUAAUGUGGAAAAUUGUUCCACCAAUGGUAGAGGACAUGCUACGUGUGGUGAUUGAUUACAAGGAUGACCCUAACUGUAAUGUGGGAGGAUUUGAACUUAUAUAUAAACAGGCAAAUUAUACUGGAAAUGGGAUUCUCAGUAAAGAAAAAACAUUUAGAGAUCUGAAGAUAACAACCAUCUCUGAUCCAUAACAGGUGGCUAGUGGGAUGAGUCUUGGAGGAAGGAAUAGUCCAACCAACCAUUUCCUUUUGAUGCCUAUUUUUUUCUUUGUUAUACCUUUUUUAAAAUAAAAAUUAUUUCCUUAA